UAGGGUACAUGAUGUUGUUCCCGAUAUUUGCUAGUCUCUUUCUGGGGGUAUUGGCCGUUCCCCCGGAAAUAGACUUGAUGGCAGAUUCUGAUAUCGAAGGAUUUAACACCAACCUAUUUGAUCCUAAAUACCGCUUGACUGAGGCUGUGCAGCCGAAACAAAUUUCUGUAGAUUUAGAUGUAUAUUUAGAAGAAGCUAGAUUUAACGGCAUCGUGCAAUUGGAUGUUGAGACCAUUCAACCCAAUUUAAAUCAAAUUGCUCUGCACCAAAAAGUGGUAUCAAUACAAUCAGUGAACAUAGUUGAUGACCAAGGCAGACCUGUUAAUCUUCAGUUCCCUAAUCCUUUUACUACCGAUGACUAUUAUGAGAUUCUCAUCAUCAAUCUAGCUAGUCCUAUUGAUCUUGGAAAUUAUAGCAUAACAAUCCGCUACCAAGGCGCUAUCAAUCUAAACCAGUUUGAAAGAGGUUUCUACAGAGGACAUUAUUUCUUGAACAAUGAAACGCGUUAUUAUGCCACUACGCAAUUUCAACCUUACUAUGCAAGAAUGGCUUUCCCAUGUUUUGAUGAGCCACAGUUCAAAUCAAGAUUCAUCAUCUCUAUUACCCGUGACUCCACUCUCAGCCCCUCUUAUUCAAACAUGGCUAUUGAAACAACUACAGACGUGGGUGGUGGUCGAAUUCGUGAAACGUUCCGUCCAACUCCAAUAGUGUCUGCCUAUCUCGUUGCAUUUACUGUCAGUGAUUUCGUGGAAACUAAUUACACCACUACGGCAACAAGACCUUUUGGAAUUGUCUCACGUCCAGGAGUAACUGACCAGCAUCCAUUUGCUGCUGAAAUCGGAUUGGCCAUAACCGAUGUAAUGGAUGAUUACUUUGGCAUCGAGUAUUAUGAAAUGGGUCAAGGACAGCCCAUGAAAAAUGAUCAUUUAGCCAUACCAGAUUUUCCAGCUGGUGCUAUGGAAAACUGGGGUAUGGUUAAUUACAGGGAAGCCUACCUUUUAUAUGACAAGAACAACACAAACCUCAUCAACAAGAUCUUCAUUGCCACCAUUAUGGCUCACGAGCUGGCACACAAAUGGUUCGGGAAUCUAGUUACUUGUUUCUGGUGGAGCAACCUUUGGCUCAACGAGUCCUUCGCCAGCCUUUUUGAAUAUUUCAGUGCUCAUGAAGCUGAUCCUUCAAUGGAAUUAGAUGACCAGUUUGUCGUGGAUCAAGUGCAUAGUGCAUUAAAUUGGGAUGCUGGUGACGGCGCAACUCCUAUGAAUUGGUCUUAUGUUGCUAGCAAUCCUUCAAUUUCUUCUCACUUUAGUGUCACUAGCUAUGCUAAAGGAGCUUCAGUAUUGAGAAUGAUGGAACAUUUUCUAGGUCCACGCGCUUUCAGAAUGGGAUUAAGAUACUAUUUGAGAGAUAAUGCUUACGCUCUAGGCACACCCGAAAAACUAUACACUGGUUUAAGAAGAGCAGCUUCAGAAGAUAUGACUUUCCGGAGUCUUUUCCCAGAUGUGGAUAUUGGUGAAAUUCUCGAUAACUGGGUACAGAAUCCUGGUUCGCCUGUUGUAAAUGUACACGUUAAUAUGACCUCUGGUCUUAUUACUUUAACUCAGGAAAGAUUCCUUGUGUCGGGGAAUACACCACCAGCACAUCGUUGGCACAUUCCGAUCACAUGGACCCACAGUGGACAGUUCAACUUCCAGGAUACAAGGCCUAGUUUCAUUUUUAGUGGCGAUUCGCACACAAUACAGAAUACUCCUGGUCACAAUUUCGUAAUCCUCAAUAUUGCGCGAUCAGGUCUUUAUCGUGUAAAUUAUGAUGAUCACAACUGGGAAAUGAUUGCUGCUUUCCUUAGGCAAAACAACAACAACAGAUUAGCCGUGCACAAAUUGAAUAGAGCCCAGAUCGUCAAUGAUGUCCUUUAUUUCAUCAGAGCUGGGAAGAUUAACAUUGAUCGCGCUUUUGAUGUAUUAUUAUUCCUGAGAUUUGAGACUGACUAUUAUGUUUGGGCUAGCGCUCUUGGUCAGCUUGGUUGGAUCAGAAGUAGACUAGAACAUUUACCCAAUGGUCACGAAAUGUUCACGAGAUAUAUGUUGCACCAUAUGAACACGGUUAUUAAUCAUCUUGGAUUCGAAGAGGCGAGCACUGAUUCUACGUCGACUAUUUUAAAUCGCAUGCAAAUCAUGAACCUGGCCUGCAAUUUGGGUCAUGCUGGCUGUGUUAGCAACAGCCUACAAAAAUGGAACAGUUUCAAAGACAACCCUACUGCUAACCCCGUUCCUGUGAAUCAACGCCGUUACGUCUAUUGUGUUGGUCUCAGAGAAGGCGAUAAUACAGACUACGAGUUCCUAAUGCAGCAGUACAUGACUUCAGAGAAUGCAGCUGAUAUGGUCGUCAUACUACGUGCACUUGCUUGCACUAGAACUAACACUUCCUUAAUCCAUUAUCUUCACGAGACUCUUUCCAAUACAAGAAUUCGCCUUCAUGAUAGAACGAAUGCUUUCGCAUACGCUCUGCAAGGGAACAAAGAAAACUUACACAUUGUCCUCGAUUUUCUUUUCCAAAAUUUCGAAGCAAUCAGAGAGGCGUAAGUUUAUUUAUGUAUAGUUUAUAUAUAUAUUGGUAGCAGCUAACGACUGCUGAAAGAAACUGAAAGAAAUCAAAAUUCCGGACAUGGGUGAACCAGAACCAAAUCGCUUUAGGACCUAGUUUCGCGGCUGGCGCGAGUGUUGUCACUUCAGCUAUGAACCAACUUCAAUGGGGCAGUGAAAACGCAUUAGCAAUUCACACUUCUGUCUCAGCGAGGAGUUCUGCGACAGCCAUCACGACCUCAUUGGUUCUUCUUCUAACCGCUUUGGUUGUGAAUUUAUCACGUUA